GGCUCGCCUCUGCUCGUUUCUGCUCACCGGUCGAGUGCUUGUCCUCUCUCGUCUAUGAGCUCCUUGUCAACUCUUUAUCUUUCUCGAGGGGACACCAGCUGCAGCCACCUCGUAUGGCCUCCAGGCAGCCCACCGCAACUAGCCCCCUCCGCCCACAGGCCACUAGUACUACUCACAGCCAGGUCAACCCUCACUUCGCAGGAUUGCCUCCUCAACUUGCCCCUUCUGAUAAGCUGCUCUCCUCUGUGGUCAAUCUCCCUUCCGAUCCCUCCAUAGUCUAUGCGACUUUCUUCCCCACUGGCUUUCUCGCCUUGCCCCAGUACGAUGUUCUUGAACACGCGCGCAGGAAACUUGUGGCACGGAACCAGUCCAGUUCACCCUCCUUAUGGGACUCGCUUCUGCCUAGCGUAUACAUCUCACAAGACUCCUCUCUAUAUGUUUUUUCGAUUGUUUCUUCUGAUCAUACAGAAGCAGUCAAGUCAUCCAUUGAGGCUCUAGAACUCGACGGUCUCGCUGUUUCGGACGUCCUUUCCUUCAAGCCCGACGAUCUGUAUCCGUGCUCAGCCGAAUGUUCAGACCGCGCAGCGCCGUGCCCGAACUGCAUAUCCGGUUCCGGUUCACCGAAUUCAACCGCCCCCUUACUACCCCGCAAGCCCCUCCGAAUAGUCUAUUCACAUUUUUUAGAUGCUGUUCGUAGCCGCCUUAUUGAUGAUCUGGCUAACACAUCAGUUCCCGGAACCAUCAUUCAACGGUGUAAGAAUGGGUUUCUCCUUGGAUCUAUCCCUUCAACGUAUGAAUGGGCCGACGACUGGCAGGAUACGACUCGGACCCGAUCGAUGCUCCUUGUACAACUCGACCUCCAUCUAGCUCGCACCCGGUUGGAGAUACAUUUUAGGCUCAAACCCACAUAUUUUCUCCCGCUUCAUCUCACACUUCCCUUGUCAGCUGGCUCUCCAAUCAUACUACUUCCGUACGCGACACCCGCAUUCUUCUUGACUACAUAUGCUGGGCCGACGUCUGCAAUCACUAAGCUUUUUGAGCAAGCUCUCGCCGGGCUUGGCACCGGCGAGUGGAAGCCGCACCCGCACAGUUCGGCCAAAGGCAAGCAUCACCGAGUCGACGAUGCAGAUAGGCAACCGAUGUACAUCAUCGCCUGGCUUGCAGUCCAGAACAAGCAGGGCGAGGACAAGGGCAUGACCAUCAUCUGGCCCAGACGUCUUUGCCUUGGCUACCACCCCUCUGCGUCAAGUGGACACGCUCGAAAGACGCUCCCCUAUAUCCCCGAGCUUCCUCCUCAGUUGCAGCCGUCUCCGCCCCCGCCAGCACCACCGACAGUUACAUUUGCAUCUACACAGGACGGCGUAUUUCCUGUGUCCCCAGACACACGCUCAACUCAGAUCAGUCGACCAUUGACUCGUCGGUUAGCUCGAUUUCCGUCCAACGAAUAUGUACAAGCCUUCCGGUCGUUGACUGUUUCCAAAUCUCCCCCUCUUGAUCAAAUUGCUGUUGAUGCAGGCGGAUAUGUUGAGUCUGUCGCGAAAGAGCGCGAAAAGGAACGUGAACGCAUCCGCAAAGAGCGAGAAAAUGCGCAAGCGUCCAACUCGCCACGGAUGGUCGCGACUCCGUCUUCUACCACGAAUGCACAGACUCCGGGAGCGUCUGCACCUUCAACGACGCCGACCGUACCGACUUCAACUGUUACACCCUCAGUGCCAGUGACGCCACAGUCAUCUUCAGAUGCUACCAUUCAGAAUCCUUUGCCGACACCAUUCAGCUCCUUUUAUCCGACCCCCCCUCACUCUCAUGGUGUACAUCCUUCAAGUGCUGACUCUCAGACACCUGCUGCCGAGCCGCCUUCUGACCCUCCACCGUCACAUAGCGUUCCUCAACCCCCACCAGCACCUACCCCGCAAGAAGCUGACACUGCCACAGAUGAAGACCCGUACGCAUCAGCAUGGGGGUCUUCUUCUAAUGACUACCUCGGCAUGGGCAUGGGUGAUGAUGGGUUUGAUAUGGGCAUGCCUGCGCUUUCUGGGCGCUCUACUAAUAAUCGACGCGAUGUCUUCGCCAUGGAUCUCGAUGACGGAUUUGAGAACUUCGACAUCACAGAUGAUGACUUUAGUUUCUUUGACAGUAAGACCGCCGCGCCUCCACCGCCUUUGGUGCCUCCAGCCAUCCACACUCAAGAUGAUAUCGUAGGCCUCACGCCCACGACGGGUCCCGCUCCCUUUAAUCUCUCACCUCCUGGUUUUGCUGAGCCUAAUCUAAUGGCCGGACUCCCGUCGUCUGAUCCUGGGCAACUAAGUGCAUUCCCUUGGAAUCGCGGCGGACUCGCUAGCGGCUUUGAGCCCAAACCUCUGGAUACAACAUCGUUACUACCUCUCUCGCCAAUGACAAGCACAUCCCACUCAGCACCUGCCACUCCAAAGGUGCAGCUCAACGCUGAAGCACGGCGCGCUCUGCUUGCCCCUCCCGGCCUCUUUGACCCCAUUCCGUUUGCCCCGAGCCACCGUGCCAUCGACUCUAAGUACGUCCAAGGCAAAUUCGCCUUGCCCAGCCCGCCCGAUGAGGAAGAUCGCACGCAGCCGAUACCUAUCCUCCAAGCGGCAGGAUCUACCCCGCCUGAGUUGUCCGCGUGGAAGACGCGUUACUCCGCCGCCACGGACCCGCGUGUUGCGGUCCUGCGCAAGCUCAUCGGCGUCAAACGGCGCCUCUUUACCCAGGGCUUGCGUGGCGCCAAGAUGCCACCAACAUGGAUGCAGGAGCACAUAGACUGGACCGACGCUACAUCGCCGACCGAUGAUUCUGCAACCGCCGUGUCUGACGGCGACGACACCUCUGAUGACGAUGUUGAAGAUGACGACGAGGAUACUGCCGCGCCGUCGCGCGCCUCCACCCCGCCGCCAUCUUACCUCCCACUGGGGCCGACCUUACUGCAUACGCAGUUCUACCAUGCCCACCUGCUGCCUAUAAGUAACGUACUGCGGCCGCCUGGUUCUGCGAUCGAGCCCAUGAACAUAACGCCAAUGGCGACAGCCUCGGUACCUACACCGGUCUCGCCAUCCGCCGCGAUCGGUGCUGCAUCGGAGAAGUCCAAGUCACUGGAGGCGGCUGGGUAUAUGCUCGCCAGGGAGGUGGUUGAGAACUGUGUAUGGGCAAACGCAUGGCGGGCGCACAACUUGUUCUCCUCAUCCACUAAGCAAGGCAUGGAUAUUUGGCAGACGGACGUGUCUUCGUUAACUAGACACGUGUCAAAAGCGAUAGACAUGGAGGGCCCUUUGGACUUGCAGACGUACCUUCGGCCUCAUUCUGGUAGUCGAUACGAUCCACUCAAGCCUCCAAUGCUCAUUGGCUCAAAGUCCGGUCAGAUCAUCGAAGUGCUGCCAACAGCUAUACGUUUCUGGGAGAAGCUUGGUCUUGCUCCUCGAAGUGGCGCCAAGGAUGUGACUGCCUACGUUCUUUUUGAGGGGGAGGAUUCUCAGCAGCUGCAGCAGGCUGAGACAUGGAUACAACAAGUCACAGCGGUGUACAAGGCAAAACAGCUUGGGAAUCAUGCUAUUGGAUCAUCACCGUUAUGCGUGAAGGCAGGAGCAUACGCUCUACAUUUUGAAAGCCUUCGCAAGUCACUCGUGAACUUCAUAGCAAGCAUACCAGACCCCAAUCUUGACCUCGUCUUUUACAUCGCUCUUCCCAACGCUGCCAUGUCGCUUGGCUCUCCCCUUAUGAGACAGGUCUUAUCCGCGCUUCGACGCGCUCAGAAGACCUAUUCGGAGGCACGCAUCCUCUUUCAUCUUGUCCCGGAAAACUUCAUUUGGUCCUCCGAGACGUCCGUGCACCAUGCCAUCGACAUGCAAAACCUGUGUUACUCGGUCUACCGUCGCGUCCUCCACCCCGUUGAUCGUUAUAUGUCCCGGCGGCUGUACGAAACCGGCGAGCGAAGCCGUGCGUAUCUCCAGAAGCAACCAUUUGCACUCGCUCCGCCGGCGCGCCCCACGCUGCAGUUCACUCAGGAGUCCUCCGUGCAGACACUCGACGUGCUAGAGCGGCACAGCCUGCUCCAUAUAGGUUACCGUAUCUCAAGGUGCGGGAGAUGGCUUUUGGUCGCCGCCGUCGAUCAGCGAGGGGAGGCGUACGACAUGGGCGCUUGGCUUAUCCAGGACGAAACGGAGACAUUUAUUGUCGAGAAGGUCUGGGCUUUUGGUCUGCAGUUUGCACGAACGGCCAACGUCGAGUGGAGAAUGGUCUUUGCGCAUCUAGGUUCAAUGAGCGCAACGCUACUUGAUGCCUGGAAGGCCCAGCUGAAAACAUGUGUUUCAGCCACGGGCGAUCUCUUACCCUUCCAUGUCUCCUUGCUUGCAGUCAAACAAGAGCGCCACUUCCCCCUUCUCGUUAAGCAGCAGAGUCCAAUGAAGCAAGCAUUUCCACCACGCAAGGACACCAAGACUGUAUACCUCGAUGCCUCAGGCUUUGUCUUUGCCUUAUACCCCUCCAUCCGCAUUCCCGUCCCUGCACCAGCAUGUCCAACAACAGAGCUACCCAACUGCGCGUUCAUCCCAGAACUUGACCAACCCACAAUAACCGAUACCCUCGGUAUUCUCCCCCUUUCAAUGAGCGUUCUCGUCCGGACAUCGUUCGACUCGCCCAUGUCAUCUGCACUCUACAUCCACCUCCUAUACGCCUCUAAAUCUGUGCAUUCUUCUCUGCUCAUCUCUGACGAUACGACGCACAAAGACAUCACCCAGAAUUACCAUGACCUCGCGGUGCUCAGCUCUUCGCUCCUUCAGCUACACGCGAACCCUCUUUUGCCCAUGCACCUCGCCAUGGUUGAGACGAUGGAUGACGCGCUGCGGCAAGGAGAUGUCUCGUGAACAAUGGUCGGGUUCAGCCACCUCAUUGCGCUACUACCGUUUGCAUCUCAGCCUCAGUCUCUUGCAUCCCGCUGCCUCCUGUGUCUGCUAACUAUUAGACGUCCAUACGUUCCUCACUCAGCACAUCUCUCGGUCCAUCUGCAAUCUUAAUUUUCGUCGUCGUUUUCCUUGUAUUACUACAUAGUAUAUUUCUUUUGAAUUGUUCCGUUGUUGCUUUGGUCUCAUCGACGUUGUCUUUGUCUUUGUCAAGAUCGCACGGCACCGUGCAUUAAUUCCAUACCAUGUACCAUCCACUAUACGUGCAUACAUCAUCACAACGGUAAAGAGUAUCCCCACCGCUACUGCAUCUUCUUCUCCUGGGCGUUGUAUCGCUGGGGUGCCUCGAGCCUGAGGGACGACUGGAUGCUCGAGAGUGCAGUCACACCGAGCAUGAUGAUAGGGAUGAAGACGAACAGCACAAUGCCAAGGAUGAGGAUGAGUGCGGGGGUGAAGAGCUGGUAUUUCUUGAAGAUGCCGCCCUCGGGCUGGGUCGCGUUGAUGGGGGCUUGCAGUGGCCAAGUACUAGUGACCUCGGCAAUCUCGAAGCCGUCCUCAUUCUCGAACGCGUCCGACAGGUCGUAGUCAUCUUCAUCGUCGAACUGGCGGGUCCGGAGAAUGGGUGCGGAGCCAGAGAAGAUAACGAGGUGCUUGGGGAACCGGGCGGCGAUAUUGUCGAGGACUGCGGCGAGCAUCGACUC